GUGGCCUGGGCUACGCGUGCGCGGCGGGUGGAGCGCGGCUUGGACCUCUGCCUGCCUAGUCUCGCCCAGCUUUGCUCUCGCCGAGUGCUUCUUGUGCUUCACCGCCUCCUCGCGGACAGCAGCUGCCGAGUGGGCGCUUGGUUUGCGGGUCGUCAUGACUGGCUACGAAUACGUGACCCCGGAGCAGCUGGCUGGCUUUGAUAAGUACAAGUACAGUGCUGUGGACAGCAACCCACUCUCUCUGUACGUCAUGCAUCCAUUUUGGAACACUGUAGUGAAGGUAUUCCCUACUUGGCUGGCUCCGAAUCUGAUAACCUUUUCUGGCUUUCUGCUGGUUGUAUUCAAUUUUCUACUUAUGGCAUACUUUGAUCCUGACUUUUAUGCUUCAGCACCAGGUCACAAGCAUGUGCCUGACUGGGUUUGGAUUGUUGUGGGCAUCCUCAACUUUACAGCCUAUACGCUAGAUGGCGUAGAUGGAAAGCAAGCUAGGAGGACCAAUUCCAGCACUCCAUUAGGGGAGCUUUUUGACCAUGGCCUGGAUAGUUGGUCAUGUGUUUACUUUGUUGUCACUGUGUAUUCCAUCUUUGGACGAGGAUCAACUGGUGUCAGUGUUUUUGUUCUUUAUCUCCUGCUAUGGGUAGUUUUGUUUUCUUUCAUCCUGUCCCACUGGGAAAAAUAUAACACAGGGAUUCUUUUCCUGCCAUGGGGCUAUGACCUUAGCCAGGUGACUAUUUCUUUUGUCUACAUAGUGACUGCAGUUGUGGGAGUUGAGGCCUGGUAUGAACCUUUCCUGUUUAAUUUCUUAUAUAGAGACCUAUUCACUGCAAUGAUUAUUGGUUGUGCAGUAUGUGUGACUCUUCCAAUGAGUUUCUUAAACUUUUACAGAAGCUAUAAAAAUAGCACCUUGAAACACAAUUCAGUCUAUGAAGUGAUGGUCCCCUUCUUUUCUCCAUGUUUGCUCUUCAUUUUGUCUACAGCCUGGACCCUCUGGUCACCUUCAGAUAUUUUAGAGAUACACCCUAGAAUUUUCUACUUUAUGGUUGGAACAGCCUUUGCCAACAUCACAUGUCAGUUGAUUGUUUGUCAAAUGAGCAGCACGAGGUGCCCAGCUUUGAACUGGUUGCUGGUUCCGCUCUUCUUGGUUGUCAUGGCAGUGAAUUUAGGAGUAGCCUCUUACCUGGAGAGCAUUCUCCUGUAUACGCUAACAGCUGCCUUCACCCUGGCCCAUAUCCAUUAUGGAGUACGAGUGGUUAAGCAGCUGAGUAGCCAUUUUCAGAUUUACCCCUUCUCAUUGAGGAAACCAAACUCAGAUUGACUAGGAAUGGAAGAGAAGAAUAUUGGCCUGUAAUCCUCAGAAAGAAGUACUGUAAAUAGAUGCUUGUAAAUAUUUCCUCCAUCACCAUUGAACUAAUCUGAUCUGCAUGACAGACAUGGGAUCUCAGUGUAUGUGGUACUUGGACAGCAGGAGUGAAACAUGGCCGGAACUUGUGGAAUUUUGGACCUUCUAACUCCCAGCUUAUUUAAUUUUAUUUUUUUAUAAAACCACAUGACAUUUCAGUUAAGUGUAAUGUACAUGUGACCAGCAAAGUGUUCCUGGUGAUUUUAGUUUUAUGAGUCCACAAUGUUUCGGCUUAUAGAGUUAAACAUGGUGUAUUUUCAUUUUUAAAGUCCCCAAACUGGUUUAGAAACACUGAUAACAUUCAGAAAAAUUACAAUUUGUUUUCAUAUUUGAUAUUUUGUAAGAGCUAUGGUAAUUGUCAGUAGUCCAGAGCUAAUAUAGGAAAAGAUAAAAACAAAUCAGCUUUCACCUUGAGAUGCCAGCGAUAACAGAUCAGUAUACAGUUGCCAAAUCUCGGUUUCUCUUUCCCUUGGAAAUGCCUUUGUCCUCACCUGCUAGGGGAGCUGCUCUGGUAUUCUGGCUCUUUUUAUUAUGGAAUAGAUCUUGAAAAAUGGUUGUUUGCUUUUAAAGAGAAAUUUUUUAGUGGAGAAUGGGUUUUAAUUGUGGCUCAUCCUUUAGCAUGGCUCACUCUUUAAGAGAGGCAUUUUCCUCCCUCAACUGCAGGUUGUUGGGAUUUGGUGGCUGCGAGCUAUGAUUGUAAGAAUUUGUUUGACAGUUCUAGUCUUGUGAUAAUUGCUUGUGAGAAAUGCAGAGAAAGCACCUUAUAAGAGGAAAUUUAAAUUGGAGUUAAGAAUCUCAUGAAUUUCUCUAUGACCAAAAUUAGUUUUCUGACUGUUUGUCCAUCUGUCCUUCCCAGCUUUCUCUCACUCUCCUUGUGGGGCAGUGAGGAGCUGUAUUUUUUUAUGCAGGAUAAAGCUGAGAGACGUUCCCUCUUUUCCAGCUUGUCCACUUUCCCAGUUGAUGAAAACUUAACAUCUGCCUUACUGAGUGCCCAGUCCUUAAUAUGCUUGAGGUAAUUUUGGAGGGUUUCGGACAGUACAGUCCCUUUAACUUCAUUGUGGUUGUUGGAUAAAUCACAUCUUUUUAUGAAUGAGGGUAUUUUCUUCUCUUCCCUUUUGAUUUUGUCUUCACUUGGUUUGGUGGUGGUGAAAUUUACUUGCUGAUUUUCUUUUAAUAGUCCAGUGAAUGAAGUUUGUGCUUGAAUGAAGAGUGUAUCUUAAACCCUUUUCUUUUGGACAGGUUGCACUUGGAUAAAAUAGGCACCACUGUGUUGAUAUGUAAUUAAAUUCUUAACUAUUAUUUAUCUAUGGAUGUGACCACUGUUAAAUAUUACAGUGUAUUCCUUUUGUUGAAUUUCAGUCUGCUGCUUUGUAAAAAAUAACUGUCAUUGAUACUUUAAAAAAACAAACUAGAUCUAAUCAUUGUCAUCCAGGUUAUUAGAAAUGAACCAAGGAGCUCAUGGUUACAUAAUCAUUUUAAGAAAUUAUCUGUAAAGACUUGAUUAUAUUUGGUGAUUUUGUCAGAGACUAAAAUGAACACUGAAAAUAGAUGAUAAAUUGAUGCAGAAAAGAGGGGAUAGUCUUCUGUGUUUGUUACCAAAUUCCUGUCAUGGAGGUCAGAGGAUGAACCAGUUAAGGGGAGGGAACUAUUUUGUGGAUACCUUGUUCUGUCAUCUGUAAAAUUGCAUAGAUCAAGUGUUAAUUUGGAAUGGGGAAAUUUGUUUUUAAGAUUUCUCGGCUAACCUUUUUGCUGUUUUAUUGACCUUAUACACAAGAAUGAGAUAAAAACUGAUAAGUAUUUAUAAAAUGACAGGUAUGAACCACUGACUCUUCACAUUGUGCUGUGUAGUAGAAAAAUACACUUUAAUUCUCGCAUUAGGACCAUGUCAUGUACUUUUGGGCCUCUUUUACUUCCACAUGUGUUUCUGUUCUCUUUUUGUUGCAUCAAAUGUAUUUGAAAGUUGUUUUGUGCCCACACUUGUGACAUAGUUCCCUAUGGCGGUAAAGAAUUUGCCACAGUCAGUUUUAUUGGCACUGUUAGAUGAAAGAAAAGAGCCUGUCACCAAGGGAAAGUGAAACCAAGGGAUGAACUGAGGACACUGUGGACCCAUGCACUGCUGCCGUGUUCCUGAUUAGGCUGCUGGCGUGCUGUGCAUCUUGAACGCCCCACUUGUUGUACAGCAUCCAGUGCGGACGCAGUCACCAGCAGCUCUGUGCAUUUCUGUCAUGCCAUUUACUGUACACUUUCCAAAGUACAGAAGCUCUUCCGAGCUUAUGCAUGAUGCUUUGGGUGUGUAUUCACCCCAGCCUCCUCCCCAGGGCCCCCGAGCUGUCUUGUGGGGAGCAGUGCCUCAGUUGAGAGCACACACGCAUGCGUUCUGUGCUUGCAGUCGAGUGCCUUAGCCAGGCCAGAGGCUUGCAUUGUGUUGGUGCUGACCAAAGUUACAUAGAUGUUUAGGAAGUUUCUUUUCAGGCUGUGUUAUGGAAAAUGCCCCUUUAGGGUUGUCAAACAAAUAAUUCCCCUGGGUUUGAGGAGGGAUGUGGGAUAGAAAAAUGUAAAAAAGCCUGGACAGAGUAUUGCUACUGCUGCCUUUUUUGUUAUCCUUAAUAACAUUCAUGAUCCUCUGCAAUGCACAGUUUGAAAUUGCCACAACUUAAAGUGACUUCUUCCACAAAUACUAAGAGAUGUAGUUUAAGGGGUUUUAAUUAUAAGGAUAAUAGAGUGACUUAUAAAUUUAAAAAGUAAAUGUUUUUCCUUGGCAUUUAACAUUAUGAUUGAAAUACUUGUAAUUCUAUUUUUUUUUUUUUUUUGGUACUGGGGAUCGAUUGUAAUUCUAAUUUCAAAAAGAAAGUUAAAUGCUGCUUGUGGUCUAGGAUGUUACAAUACUACUACCAGCAUGUCAUUCAUUCUUGCAAAGAGUUGGGAAGAGGAGUAUACGUCUAGAGUUACCCAAGUUCUAAAUAGAUACCAAGAGUAUUGGUUCUGACCUGGAGCCUGUGCAUUUGGAGAAUAUACACAAGAUCUUUUUAAAGGAAAGAAGGGACCACCUUAUGGCCCCAUGAAUUUGAAAGUUUCUAUGUGUGUUUAGCUUUCAAAGGACUGGUUUAUUUGGUAAUCAACCAAAAGCAUUUGAAAUGUACCUUGCUUUCCAAAGGUCACUUUGACUAACUUAUAGAGAAUAAAAGAUAAUAUGAAGGUGUUUAUAUCAAAGACUAUGCUUCCCACUUAUAUUUUUAAUUAGAAGCCUAUUUGUAAUUCUUCAUCAUUCACUUGAGCUUGCUCUCAACUAGACACUGCCUAGAAUAGACAGACCACUCAGUUUUGCUUUGUUACUUCUGAGAUCUUGCCACAUUCAUAUCUCCUUGAUUGCCUUAGAUCUCUCAAAGUAACCCUGAUGCACUGUUUCUUUUUUUCUUUCUUUCUUUUUUUUUGGCCAGGGUCUCACUAUGUAGUUCAGGCUGGCCUUGAACUAGUCACUAUGUAACCCAGGCUGGCCUCUCAGUGAUCUUCCUGCCUCAGCCUCUGAGCGUUGGGAUUACAGGGGAUGUGCCGCCACGCCUGGCUGAGACUUUUGACUUUGGGUUCCCAAAUAAGCCAGAAGUAAGUAGAGAAAUCUGGUUGUGUUGACACCUGUGUUCAGAGUGGCCUUAUUUUGGCCUUAGAAUGGGCUUGGUCCAGCACUCUAUAGGAAAUUUGUGAAGUCAGAAUUUUCUUUGUCCCAUGAGGUAUCUAUGUAAGGUAGCAUGCCCUUUCUUGAACACCCUGUGGGUGAAUAACCUUACUAAGUUAGCUGCCAGUACUACAACCUUCCAGGAAGAAUUUUAACUAGUAUGCUGCAUUUGAAGCACUUUGACAUGUACAUUUAAGGUUACAGUCUUUUUUGUUGUUGUUGUUGGUACUGGGGAUCGAACUCGGGUCCUUGUGGUUGCACAGCAUUCAGCGAAACCACUGAGCUAAAUCCCCGGCCCUAAGGUGACAGUCUUAACAGUAAAAUGGUGUUAAAUUAAUCACUGUGAAACUUGAAAGUGUCAUGCUCUGGACAUUUUAGGAAGCUUGCAUAAACUUCUGAAUUUUCUUUUCUUUUUUUUUUUUUUUUAAUUUUCUUUAUUAAUUAUGUGAUCGAUGAUUUGUGUGUUUUAGUUUUCAUCUUUGACAGUGGUACGAGUGAUUGGCAUAAUGGUAGGCAAUUUAGAGUACAGUGUAGAGUAAAUCAUGGUUGUCUCUCUUCCAGAGAAAGUGGUGAUAUGUGUGCUUCUUCCUUGCGUGGAGCCAAGAGAAUUGGAUUUAUGCGCUGAUUCAUCUCUACUGUUUAUAUGGUGCAAAAUAAAUGUAACCUUAUUUUUUAAGCUGCAUGCUAGUAAUAUGCUUUUCUCUUUAAUAAAAAAGCGAGAGAUAGUAAUCUAGCUGGUUUUUGUUCUUCAGCAAGGAUCUGCACUUUUUACAGACAGAUGUUAAAUGAGUUCAUGUUUAGGUAGCAGAAGAAGUUUUACCAUCGGAAUCCCUCUCACAGGUAGCCUACGCAAGGGGUUGUAUUGCAUCUGGUCUGGAAGACCCGGUUCCCAGGACUGGCAAGUGUCACAUGAACUGUCUUUAACAAAGGCUCGUCUCUCUAGGAAAACCAUUUGGACACAACAGAACAGUUGUUCUGCUCUUCCACAGGGCAGUCACCCUGUCUUCCUCUUCAGAGAAUCGUCCUUAGAAAGCUGGGCUCAAAUGAGAGCAGUGCUGUUUUUAAAGCAUGCAGGUUGGAUGAUGGCCUAGAGAACCUAGAAGCUACACUGAAACUGGAGACACUACCCGCUUUGGCAGCACACGCUAACAUUGAAAUCACCGACAACAUGGAAGGCACAGGGAGUGGCUGAGGUGCUGUGAUGCCUUCUGGCUCUUUGGUUGGAGUCUUCUCUCGAGCAGUUUCUGAGGAUGACAGUUAAAAUUAGAACUGAUUUUGGGUUUUCAUCAAACUACCCACAAUUCACCAUGAAUUCUAGAUUGUGAUAUUUUUAAUGAACACUUUUUAAUAUCCAGCAAGUAAGCCCUUGACAUAAUGUGCUUGGAUAAUACUUGAUUUUACUAACCAGGUUAUAAAAGUCUGAUUUAAUUUUGCAUGAUCUGUGAAUGCUGCAUUAUAAAUCUGUUAUUCAGUAUCACACUUUGAGCUUAAUAACUACUACUUGAGACUGCUUAUAAUAUAAACAUUUUUUAAAGAUUAUUUUACUUAAACCGCUUAAUCUCAUGAGAGCAAUGAUUUAGGAGACAAAGACCCAGCUAUGUGUAAUGAUUUGCUCAUUUCAAAAUAGCCCAAGAGGGCCAGGUAUUUAGCUCAGUGGUUUAGCCGCGUGCUGCGCAAGCACAAGGACCCGAGUUUGAUCCCUGGUACCAAAAAAGAAAAAAAAUAGCCCAAGAAAGCAGAAUUUAUUGUUGAGACUCAAGUUGCAAAAAACAUGGCAUUUCCUCUGGGAAGGGGAAGGUAACGGUUAAUUACCCAGCCGCCUGCCUUCUUUACUUUCCUUCCCAUCUAACACAGUAGAUUAAACUGUGGCUACUUGCAGAAAAGAAAAUUAAUAUUUUUCUUCUAAGUAAAAGUGACUGAGACUUUAUUGCCCUGUGACUAAGACUAUGUAGCAGGAAUCUGGCUAAGUCAGUUAUUGAGGGUUUGCGUGGCCCUGGUAGAGUUGGCCCUCAGGGUUAUUCUGAAAUGAGAGACCAAUUCCAUUCCUUCUCAGGUACCUAGAGACAGCUCCGCUAGAGCAGGUGGAAUGUGCUUGGUGCAAAUAGAGUAUAUAAUUAGCAAGAUGAAGAGGCGCAUAAGAUCUUCUUUUCCCUUUCAGGCAUAAUUGGACAUAUCAGUAACUGGUCUAAGAUUUGCUGUGGCUGUAGUAAAUAAUGUAUUUAUUUUAGCUGGUUAUGUGUGCUCUCUGUAUAUAUAUAUAUCUAACGUGCAUACACUCUGUGUAUGUAUGUAUGAUACCAUGUAUGUACAGAGUCUACUCUAGAUUAUCAGCCACAUGGAAAGCCCCUCUUAGUUUGUUUAUUGAUGUGGAAUUGGUGUGCAUGUGGCCCGUCACUCUGGCGCCUCCUUCCGGUCUAGAGCCGCAGCCUUUCUUCCUGGCCGUUCAUCUCAGUCUUUGAGAAAGCCCUUUAAACGUGUCACUUUCCACGUCCUUUUAACCCCGGGAUCCUGUGAGCCAAAAGACAGCUUCCGAGAAUGCUGGCUGCUUCCACCAGGGCAGAGGCCUCUGGGUCUGCACAGUCAGGGGCGCAGUCCUGGCCCCGAGAGCAGCUGUGUGAGCAGCGGAGCCCAUGGGCUUGCAGAGGGAGGCCUCUCAACGCUUGUAGAAACAGCUUUGCGACUUGCUUCAGUUACUUUGCUCCAGUGUGAAGUCUCAGGUAACUUGAUGUAGAGUAUGACAGUGCAUCUCAAUGUUAAUUUUGCAUUAUCUGUACUACUGUUGUUCCCUGCUGCUAGCCCAGAUAAUCAAGACCUGACUGUUUCUCAUCACUGGAUUGUGGAAACCUUGACCUUUCAACUGGAUUUAUGUUUAUUUCUGCUGCUGUGAACCCCAAAAAUAAUGCAGUAGGUUUUAGUCUAAAGUUGUUUCUUUUAUUGAUAUUUAUUGUAAUAAAAGUAAACAAGUAAAUAAUUUUUAAAUCCUUUUAA